UUUUUUUUUUUUUCAUUUAUGAAGGGAAAAAUGUCAAAUUAAAUUAAAUCGAUUGAUUAAUGAAAUAUCUGCACCUUUCAUUUUCAUUGUCACAAAUUAACGCGUGUAACGUAUCUCGACAAUAAAACAAGCUUCGACAACGCUUGUGUGUCAAGCUCGCCUUGGGUUUUAUUCAUUGCAGUAUCGGAUCGAUAAAUUCGAUCGUUUAUGAGAUUAAUUGGUUUUCGUUGGGUCAAUGGCUUGUGCAAGCGUAUCGACGUGGUCUGGAAUACUCGAUGACCCAGUUCAUAGUCCGUUAUUUCGAUUAGAUUUUUUACUAUCGAUACUAAUACUGAAAGUGCCGAGUGUAACAUAUCAUUAUUGUGAAAUAAGAAAAAAAUAUAUAUAUAUAUAAACUGUAAAAAUAUGAAAUGUACGAUGUCUAAUCAACUUUAAAAUUACGAUUAUCGAAUUUAUAUGCAAAUAUAUAGGCAUACGUAAUAAGUACACAUCCACCACCCACAAUGAACAAUAUCAACAUGCAUACCACCAUUUCAAUCGUUAUCUGUUGAGAAGAGCCAUUUGUACGACUGUCGUCAGGGUAUUCGUACAUCGGUAAUAUAAAUGGUAAACUGGUAUUGUUUGUUGUGGUGUGUUUAUUUUCAAAACGUAAUAAUCGCAGGGAAGAUAUUGGUUGUAUACAAUUACAAAGCAAAGCAAAGUGUGCGCGUAGCCGAGACGCGUCUACAACGAAGAGAGAGCCAAUUUCCUUUCCUAGUCUGGUCUGGAACCAGGGUGACUUAAGUCCGUCGAUGAUUACAGAACGACGAGGCUUUAAUUUAAUCCUCCGUAGUUUUUUAGGGUCGUAAACGAAACCGGUUGCAUCCAACUGGAAUAUACAUAGAGCUAGAACCGUACACGUUCGCAUAAAGAUGUUUCUUUCCGGCUGAGAAAUACCUGAGGGAUCUCGUCCAGUCCAGUUCGAGUGGAACCAGCGCGGUUCGAGAAUUACGAACGCUGACUCUUUUCGUAAAGUAUUGAUAUCUCGAUAACGUUUUUCCCUUUGACAAUUUCAUCAUCUCAACUUUAUGCAACGAAAACAUUUCCCGCUUGUGGAGAAAUCAAGUUAUUUUAAAUUGGAAUCUAGAAUGGAAAAAUGUUUUGAUAAAUUAUUCAAAUGAUUAUAAUUUCAAUAGGGAAAAAUAUUUGAUUCUUGAAAUUAUCGUUAGGUUUGACAAGGCGUCGUAAUCAAUUUAUGAUGGAUCGAUCGUCGAUCAAAGUAGUGAUGGCAAUAAUAAUAAUAAUGUAAUAAUUAUUAUGCAUAAGACAAUAGUUUUGUACAUAGUGCUUAAACGAAACCGGUUUCCAGGUAGAUUAUUCCUUAUCGAAACGAAAUGAGUAAUUCUUGCUACGCAGAAUUCUAGUUGAUCAUAGCCAAUAUACUUUUUCCCCUCUAGAAGAAAAGAAAAGAAAAAAAGCAAGAUAAAUGUUAACCUGAACGACCCAGUAAACCAGAAUUCUAACUGUGUCAACAGGCAAGAUUAUGCACGCAUACGCAUCCGGCAAUAUAGUUUCUAGUAGCUCACUUACGCCCUUCUUCGAUACACGUAUGCAUAAGCGGAAAAGGGGACGUCGAUCGAUGAUGAUAACACGUAACAUCGUGGUGAUUAGAUGAAGAAUUGUGAGUGCAGUUGGAUUAAAUCUCGUCUCAAUUUCGGCUUAAUCCUUCUUUUAAUUUAAUCAUAACGAAAUGUUUUAAAUGUUAAGUGACGAAUGGAAGAAAUGUUUCGACGAUCAAAGGCAUACUGGAUUCAGGUUAUGUUCAGUUAACUGUUAAUCAUAGCGAUAGCUUCGUUGAUUCUGAAACUGAUGCAAAUAUUCAAGAUAAGUGAGGCGUGAAAGAUGCUGAAUUGAAAUUUAGAGAUACAAACAGUGAUUGGAAAAGUAUAAAUGAAUCAAGUGCAAUCGAAUACAAUUUCUAUUUCUCUAUUUGAGAAAUUAUCAUAGACUACCAAAGAACAAUACUUUUCUGUGUAAACUUGAUGAAGUGAAACGUGAAUAUAAAGAAAAUUUAUUUUCUGCACUUUCUAUUGUUUCCACAUUAGCAUGUAUCCACACUUCUCUGAUGACGAAUGAUUUGUUCAUGGAGAUCGAUCAUACGAUGAAACCUAACCUGUAAAUAAAAAUUUUAUUUUUCAUCAAAAUAAGAGUAGGAUCAUUUGCUGAAAAUCAAAAUAAUCCACGUGUCUCAAAAUUUUCACUUUUAAUAUCUCAUUUUGAAUAUCUCGUGAAAAGAUAAAUGAUAUAAAUGAUAUCGUAAAAUUAAAUCGAUAAAUUCAAUUCAGUUUGUGAAAAAGUAUGACACGUACCUUUUCGUUACGCAUUAUAUUGACAUAAAAAAAAAAAAAGAUUACUCAAAACGGACACGCGAUUCUACAUUGAUCCUGACCUUUCGUUCAGGAUAUAUUAUUUCCCCCCUCGGGCUUAUUCGUCACGACAAAACAGCAUUGAAAUCAAAAUUCUUGGAAUCACAUCGCGUUAUCAUGUACCAUUUUUACCGAAAUAAAGAAAAAGAAAAAUGUAUAAUAAUAAUUAUCCGAAAAAAAAAUUGACAUUUUAUCUACGAGAAUUUUUAUCGAAGAAGAUGUAAUCCUAUCAGAUUAAUAAUAAUCCUAAGUAUUUUCUAAGUAUUUAUAAGACAGAAAUUUGCAAUCGUUUUUUCGUAAUUAAUGUCGUUAGAUUAUUGAUUAUGAUAAUUCAUAAUUUCUCAAAGUAAAAAAAUUUAUAUUACGUACAAUACUUUAAUACUUUAAUAGAAAAUUCAAAAAUUACAAAUUUAUCGAAUCUCUAAAUUUGAAAUUAGAAAAAUUCGAAGUUACUUCAAAAGUAAAAGAAGAAACAAUGGAGUAGCUUUAUCUGUCAAAUAAAUCUGUUUAUAUUUCGUUCGUGAGAGAGGAGAUUCAGAGAUUCGAAGUUACAUUUUUCGAAGAACAACUAUACUCCUUUGUGAAAUUUUGAAUAAAUUUUACGAACGAGUUUUAUCGAGGACGAGUCAACGAUUACAAUUUAUCACCAGAUUCAUAAGAUUCGUUAUCGAUCCUCGAAUCGGACUCACUUCAACGAUGAGGAAGAAGAGGAUUCAAGGUCGAAGAUCUCUGGGUACGAUUACUCGUUUGCGACGAGCAGAUCGAAAUCUGCACUUCACCAGUAGCCUGCAAUACUACUCUUCACGAGAAAACGAGAAUUUUACUUUUACUUUUCAUCUUGUGUUAAGUUAUCCUGAAAGUUUCGACGAGAAAUUAACAUCAAAUUUACUAUACGAAAUUGGCCUCCAUCUUCGAGAAGAGAAGGAAAUCCAAGCUCGAAGAAGAAUGGAAAGGAAAAAAGAAAAAAAAGUCAACGUUUUUCCAAUAUUUCGCCCGCCACAAACAAAUACAUCUGUUGGUCUUGCCUUUAAAAAAAGGAAACGAAAAAAUUGAAAAAAUUGACAAAAGAAGAAUGGAAAGGUAGAAACGAGUUGAAUUAAAAAGCCAGAAAAGUUUCUGUCAAAGAUACGCGAUGCGAAAAUUGAAGGUAAAAGAAGAAAAACAUCAACAUCGUUUUCCCCGUCAGUUCCACAACAAAACAAAAAACCGCGUCUCUGUUCUAUCGUUGCACAAAGAAGGAUGGAGAGGCGAGCGAGUGAAAUACAAAGCCAGUGUAUUUCUAUAUGUAGCGGUGAAUUUCUUAGAAAAGAGGCGAGAAGAGGUUUGGACGGGCCCCGAAUUGCCGAAAGUAAAGGAAGAUUUGACUUUUUGCCUGGAUAUUAACGGAACGGCGUUAACCCCGAGGGGCCUGAACGUGGCGGAGAGCGAAGGGUAGAGGGGAACGUGGAAUAUAAAGGAGAGUGCCCCGUGCUACGGGGCUUAGUACCGUUCAAAGAUGCAGGCUGCCGAGAUGAUGCGCGAUACCAGGGCCAUCUGCUACGAUCUUGUGUUUCUGUUAUCCCUCUCGAUCAGUUACGUCCAUUCGUUUCCGCUUCAAGUGUUGCCUGCCAUCCAGGGAUACAUUCCGGUUUACAUAAGGUAUGGUAAUCAACCACUCGAGGAGAUAAAUCCUAAGUUAGCCGAGGCGUUUCACGAAGGAUCGAGCAUACACUACGCUUACUCGCCGAUGAAUAAUUUGAAUAAGAAGCUUGAUUUAGAUCUUCCUAAAGAUGAGAACGAUGAGAAAUUGAUAGAGGAGGAUUUGGAAAGGAAAUCUGCCGCGAAUGUGAUCAGAGAGGUUCAAGAAACGUGGAAAGUCGAUCAAUUAAUCGAAGAGGGGAAAAAUGUUCAAGAGAAACGUAAAAGUGACGUUAAAGGAGAUGGGAUGAAAAGUCCAAAUAAUAUACAAGAUUCGAAUUUCCAUCUCGCCGAAUCGUCCAUGGAUAAAUUUCGUUACAAGAACGAUCAAGUUUUUACCUCAAAUAUAAAUGUCGAUCAAAUGAUCGCCCAAGAAUCGGUCCAGUCUGAUAUUUACGAAGCUGAUCAACGUCGUACCAAGGAUAAUGCUUCUGACUCUUGACCCUGAAUGGAUGAAAACUUUGGAGUUUGCUUGAAGAAAAAUAUUUUUUUUUUCAUUCUAAGUAGAUCCUUGGCAGGGAACGUUAGAAAAGCAAGAAAAUGAAUAUUCAGAAGAGAGAAUUACAAAAUUAAACGCCAUUCAUAGUGAUAUUUAUUUAUAGUAAAACGAGUAUAGUGUAGAAUUUUGUGAUAAAAUAUUUCUAAUGGAUUUUAACGCUCGUAAUUGUUCGUCGUCAAAUGUUAUUAACGAAUUGAAUUUAUAUGUAUAUUAUUGUAUAUCGUUGAUUAACGAGAAUCGUGUGAUGCGUAUCGUGCUCAAAUAAAUAAAAUAUUUCAAAGAUAGGAUACGAAAAAUAAAUGGUAUUGCAAUAUUCGAAUUACAUUUAUAAAAA